AUGCUCCACACCUCUGACUGGCCCUCCCCCGCGGGGGGCAGAGACGCCAAGGGGAACAGCACCACUGUCACGGAGUUUGUCCUGCUGGGGCUCUGCGAUGCCUGUGAGCUGCAGCUGCUCAUCUUCCUGGGCCUCCUCCUGACCUACUUCCUCACGCUGCUGGGGAACCUCCUCAUUGUGGUCCUCACCCUCGUGGACAGACGCCUCCACACCGCCAUGUACUACUUCCUCCGCAACUUUGCCGUCUUGGAGAUCUGGUUCACCUCCGUCAUCUUCCCCAAGACGCUGGCCAACAUCCUGAAAGGAACUAAGACCAUAUCCCUACCAAGCUGCUUCCUCCAGAGUUUCUUCUACUUCUUCCUGGGCACCACCGAGUUCUACCUCCUGGCCGUGAUGUCCUUUGACAGGUACGUGGCUAUCUGUAACCCCCUGCGUUAUGCCACCAUCAUGAGCAGAAGGGUCUGUGUCCAGUUGGUCCUUUCUGCAUGGAUGACAGGAUUCCUCCUCAUCACUGUUCAAAGUUUAAUUACGUUCCAGCAGCCAUUCUGUGGCCCCAAUAUCAUCAAUCAUUUCUUCUGUGACAACUUUCCACUCCUGGAACUCAUAUGUGCAGACACGAGUCUGAUAGAACUUCUGGGCUUUGUGACAGCCAUCUUCAGCUUACUGGGCACUCUGUCCGUGACAGCGACUUGCUAUGGCCACAUCCUCUACACCGUCCUGCGCAUCCCCUCUGCCAAAGAGAGGCAGAAAGCCUUCUCAACCUGCUCCUCCCACAUCAUUGUGGUGUCUCUCUUCUAUGGCAGCUGCAUCUUCAUGUAUGUGCGGUCGGGCAAGGGGGGCCAAGGGGAAGACAGAAGCAAGGUGGUGGCCCUGCUGAACACUGUAGUGACCCCAAUGCUCAACCCCUUCAUCUAUACCCUGAGGAACAAACAGGUGAAGCAGGUGCUUAAAGAGCAGGUGAGCAAGCUGCUUUCAUAA